UUUUAUUGGGUAAUUAUUUAACAUAUUCAAUCAAUUUAAUUAUGCGAAGCAUGUUUUCGGAUCGUUACAACAAUAAGCGCCGCGAAUUUUACGAGCGCUACGAAGCUGCUAGGGUGAUCCAUUCGAGUCUGCCGGAGUGCCAGCGUCCAGUGGAGCCCACCGAAGUGAAGCAUCCGAACAACCCCGUUAAUCGUCGCCCCGUUUCGUAUCGCCAACUGGCCAAUCAGUCGCGGAGGCAGCUGGAGAACGACUCCUGGCUAUCCAGUGAUCGACUGCCCAUAGUGGUGCGCCGCGAAAUCGAGAUGCGCAACAAAAAAGCUUUGCUGCCCAAAUACAACGGGGAAACGGCUACCCAUGUGCUAAGCCAUAAUGGCGGGUCACGACGUGGUCGUCCUCCAUCUGCCGCCACUGCGGCCAGAUUGGCAUCUGAAUUCGCCCGUCAAGUCGGUGGCGUUUCCCAAACUCCGACCAUCAAAGAAGAAGAGUUAGAGGAGCAGCCGAAGGCCAAGAAGGCGAACAAGAUGCCGGACAAGGUGGCAGUCAAGGUGACGGACAAGUUGGCGACCAAGUUGACGACCAAGGUGGCGACCAAGGCGGCGACCAAGGUGGCGACCAAGAUGGCGACCAAUGUGGAGACCGAGGCGGAGGAGUCUAACUUCCCGGUUAAGAUUAAAGUGGAAGGGGUCGCGCAAAAUGAUGUGGGGUGGCAGCCAAAUUGGCUGGACAAAACCAAUCAGGGUUCCACAAAUAGGUACUUUAUUCCAAAUUUGAGCUCUUUUCCUAAUCCUUACCGUAACAUGGAUGUUACCUGGACCGAACAAUUCAAUGCAUUAUCAAACCAAUACUACAAUCAUAUCAUGAACUCCGUCUCGUCUUCGAGCCAGAUGCAGCCGCUUGAUUUACCACCAUCAGCCAACACGCCCACUGUCGGUGUUAACCCGGUUCAGUGCCCGUCGGAUAACUGCAAGAAAAACUUUGAUUCGCGUCGGGCCAUGUACAAGCACCAACGCGAGACUGGUCACCACAAUUGGCCACACAACUGCAGCAAGUGUGGCCAGGUCUUCCGUACAUCAGGCUUUAUGCGCAUGCACUCCGUGAUUGCCUGUCAGCGCAACUUACACAAGUUAAAAAUAUCUAAGCCAAAUUAAGUGCAGCAACUUGGCCAAACCGCAAAGCCGGAAUGAAUCGGUUCGCAUACAGCGAACUAUUAAUUUACCAUUCGU